AUGGCAGACCCUGUCACCCUAUUAAACACCAUUCCUGAUAACAUUAAACCGAAUGGACGAAUUCCAAAUACGCCGUUGGCUGCGUCUACAAUCUCGUUUCUUCUUGGAUCACUAUUUUCGCUUGGAGCGCUCACUUUUGUGGCCGGCGGUUAUGAUUAUUAUUGGUGGUCGACGUACCAGCUUGGGCUCUUUGUCGCCGCAUGGUCAGCCUUUCAUUGGGGCGAAUUCGCCGUGACCGCUGGAUGGAAUCUCGAAAAGUGUAGUGUUGACUCCUUUCUCUUGGAUAAUGGUUCAAUAUAUCAUAUUGCGCACGGAACGGCAUUGGUUGAAUAUCUUGUCACUUUGUAUUUCAAACCAUCCUGGAAAUCACAUCCCUAUGUCACCAUUGUCGGUUUCGUUCUCAUCAUUGUGGGACAACUGCUACGGUCAACAGCUAUGAUACAUGCUACAACUAAUUUUUCCCACAUGAUCGCCUUCAAGAAACAAGAUAGUCAUGUAUUAGUCACGGAUGGUGUCUACGCAUGGUUUCGUCAUCCAUCAUACGCCGGGUUUUUCUAUUGGGCACUAGGAACGCAGCUAGUCCUUCAGAACCCAGCGAGCUUCGUCGGUUUCGUCGUUGUUCUCUGGCGAUUUUUCUAUUUCAGGACCAGAGCGGAAGAACGGGCAUUGGUCAGGUUUUUCGGCGACGAAUACGUCCAGUACCGACGGGCUGUCGGUACCAAGAUUCCAUUUAUACCUUAG